CGAGCGCAUCAAUUUAUGACGGAGAGCAUAGGCAGUACAGCUGGUUUCAAGGCAAGAGCUUGUGAGAGUUGGGAGAAGUAUAAAGAGGGACGUUGCGAUUAUAAUCCAGUUGUACUGAUGGGAGAAUACGCGUCCACUUCCUUACGAGGAAAGUUUUACUUAACAACGAACGGCGCGCCUCCGUUCGCGAUAGAGUAAAUGACGAUGAGCACUAAACUUGGAACGACUCUCGGUGGUGGCGAUCGUGUGUUUGCGACGUUAAAAUGAUCUGUACUAGUCAUUUACAAGUUACUUUAUUUAUGCAGCGUGCGCAGUUUUAUUCGAAUUCUCUCGUUUUUUUUUUUUCUUUUACAUAAAUCGAACGAACGAGAUCGAAGUUGGUAGUGAAGCGCUAUCGUUUCAUGUCGUGCAUGAAAAGUACAAAUUAUAUUAAUUAAAAUGGCACGUUCUGACAACACUUUCUCUCGUUCGCGUACUUUUGCAGAAUGAAACGAAAAUAAACGUUACAUUGGUUACUUCGAAAUUUGUGUACUUUGUCACUCGUCAUAUGAAUAUCAUUAUGAUAUCCAGAAAUAACAACGGAUCAUAAACGUGGACGUUUAUGAAGAAUGUAAACGGUUGUUAUAUUAAUAAUUCAAGGUGGUUGCGAUUAAUAAAUGUAGAAAUACAAUAUUAACAAGAUCAUGGAAUAUUCAUAAAGAAUAUCUGCGCAAGACCGAUCGAAUGUUACAUUGAGAACGUUCCUUCGAGAGAUAAUUCUAUACAAUGAAUCAAGCGUAUUUCUUGUUGCUCUUAACGCUGCAAUUAACGGCUAUUUUGUGUGUUAAUGAAAAUAAUAUUAUCCGUGAUUACUUUGCGUUCAGAAAAGUAGAAAGGAUUGUGGGAUUCUCUUGCGAUAAUAUUGAAAAUAAUUUUAAACUUGCAAAAACGUUUAACAAUAUGUACACCACGUAUAUUCCAUUGUUGAACUCUACGGCUGAAUCGCGAUUAGAUGUGAAGAAACUUUUAGGAGCAGAGUAUCAUCGGUUGGGUGUCUUCUUGGAUUCUCGAUGCAAUCGUAAGCGGUACACUAGAAUUCUCAUGGACGCAACCAGAUAUUCUAUGUAUGAUGAGAUGCAUAAGUGGUUAAUUUUGGGCUCCAAUUUGAGCCACGUAGUGGAAAUACUAGACGAUGGCGCGUUUACUACUUCUACUGAUGUUAUAAUCGCUAUACCAUCAAAGAAGUAUUAUAUUUUAUACGAUGUGUAUAAUUCCUGUAAAGAUCGAGGAGGAUCAAUGAAUAUAACAGUUUUUGGAAUGUGGAGCAGUAAAACAGGAUUAAAUGUUAGCUUACAUCAAUCAAAAUUCGAGAGAAGAUCAAAUUUGCAUGGAAUGAAACUUAAAAUUGGAAUUGUUGUAAGAAAUGUAUUCCGAAACUUGCAGGUCAGUUCUAAACCGGAAAAUAUGUCACUUCACGAUAUGAUGCUUCAGUAUAACACGAAAUCGAAAUAUAGCCGAACGAAAUAUUUAUACAUACUCCUGCAACAUAUGUCAGACCUCUUCAAUUUCACCACGGAGAUUGUACAAAUAAACGCGCAAAGAAGAUUUGAUCAUUCUGGUCCUAUUUUUGCGGCUUUUAAACGGAAACUCAUAGAUCUCUCGGCAAGCCCAGUUACGAUGAAAGCCGACAGAUUGAAUAACGGAGACAUAAUUGGACCGGUUUGGCCAAUACGGUCGUGUUUUAUGUUUCGCACGAUUUCGUCUACGAAAAUUAAGUCAGGUCAAUUUCUGAAACCUUUGUCUGCGAAAGUAUGGUAUGUGAUACUUGGCCUAAUAGGAAUCGUGACGACAGUUUUAAUUAUCUUUCUAAGAUUAGAGGGCAUUCGAAAUCCCACAGAGAUUUAUGGUCUUGCUGUUCUUCUCACGAUAGGAUCAUUGUCGCAACAAGGUUCUGCGUUUGUUCCAACGCGCUGCGCAGCUCGCAUUGUGUUUCUUCACAUCUUAUUUUUUAGUUUAUUAAUACUUAAUUAUUAUUCAGCGAGCGUAGUAUCAAAUCGUCUGAAAAACAAAGGCGAAAAGAUGAACGACUCUUUGAUUAAUUUGGCGAAGAACAAUAUGGAUCUUGCGGUAGAACCUACACCGUAUAUUCGUUCUUUUCUUCAGGUGCCAGACCGGGAGGUGAGAUACUUUUACAACAAUCGUUGGAUGCAUAUACCAGAAUCGCAUAGAUACUUGCCCUUAGAAGAGGGACUUAAUCGUGUAGCAGAAGGUCGUUUGGCUUAUCACACAAUAAUCGAUUCCGCUUAUCCGUAUAUUGAGCAGUCGUUCAAUUAUCGAAGCAUUUGCGAGCUUACCGAGGUUCAUUUAUUCCGUGCUGUCCUCGCAUUUUACGCAAGGCAUCACAGCCCUUUUACUGAACUGAUGAAAGUAGGUCUAACUAAAAUUCGAAACGUUGGAAUUCAGAAACGUGAAUUGAAACGAUGGGCUAUUAGAAAACCCUUCUGUCCGAACAACCUACUUAUCGCUGAACCUCUAUCGAUUCACGAAGCUGCGCCGAUCUUCAUGUUCUUAUGUAUCUCUGUGGUUCUAUCGAUUCUCAUUUGCAUCGUUGAAAACAUCCUCUUCUGUUUUUCUCCACCACGAAUACCAAGUUUCAUGAUGGAAAAGAGGCGCCUGAUUGAUGGGAAUUCAAACCUACCAUGCUUACAAGGAGUCAAUCUACGAACACUGAAGAAUUUUAACGUUGUUAACGAAUGGGUCCAUUUCCACAGACCUUAA